GACGACGUCGUGAGGGACGCGGAUAAAAAAGUGACGUUCACGGAACACUCGUACUCACAAAAGAUACGGAGCCGCACAACACUGCACUAAGUGUGGCGUUUCCCGGCAGGUGUCUUUUUAAUCCCCCUUCUCCCUGUGAAAUUCCGACGACAUUUGUAUAUGAAACCCGAGUCCCUCCUCUGCUUCGGAAAGAGAAGGAGAGAGAGAGAGCAAUAGAGCAAACGUUAAGCCAGUCAUUGCGAUGGCCUCCGGUAGCGGUAGCGACAUGAACAGAGAAAUGAUCCUGGCCGACUUUCAGGCUUGCACUGGUAUUGACAACAUAGCAGAAGCUAUCGCUCUACUGGAACUGAACAACUGGGAUUUAGUGGCAGCAAUCAAUGGUGUGAUUCCACAGGAAAAUGGCAUCUUACAAAGGGCAAUGAGCAACUUCUCUAGUGAAGGGUCCCCGACUGGCAUGUUUGGUCCCCGCAGUCACCCGUCAGCUGUGGCGCCGGCGCCGGCCCCGGCCCCGGCCCCGCCUCCUCCGCCCUCCUCGUCCACCUCCUCGUCCACCUCCUCAUCCUCCUCCUCAGCCUUUUGCCCUGUCCUCCCCACACGGCACAUCGUGGAGAGGCAGCCACGCAUGCUGAACUUCCGUGUGGAGUACCGCCAGCGCUCCGUAGAGGUGGUGCUGGAGGACACCGGCACAGUGGGUGACAUUAAACAGAUCCUCGAGACAGAGCUGCAGAUCCCCAUGGCGAAAAUGCACCUGAAGGGCUGGAAGACGGGAGACGUGUCUGACAGUACCGUCCUGCGGAGUUUACACUUGCCCAAGAACAACAGCCUAUAUGUCCUGACCCCCGACAUCGCCCAUGCAGCAACGUCCGGCCUCAGCAGUGCUCAGCAGGAGGCAGCCAGCCAGAACUUCCUGCUGAUUGUGAGCCACCGCGAGGCCCAGCGGGACUACAGCCUCAACUUCCCCGGGAGCAGAACUCUCCAGGAGGUGAAGAGGAACAUCUCUGAUCUGACAAACAUUCCUGUCCGGCACCAGCAAUGGGAGGGAUGGCCAGAUACCGCCACCGACGAUUUGAUGACGUUGGCGGCCUCUGGGAUCAGCUACCCCUGCCAUCACCUGAGCGUGUGCCGGAGAGCCUCCCCCACCCAAGCCCGGGAUCAGUCCGAUGAGUGUACAGAUGUGCACAUGGUGAGCGACAGUGAGGGCGAUGACUUUGAGGAUGCUUCUGAAUUUGGAGUGGACGAGGCGGAAAUAUUCGGAAUGGGUACUUCAGGAUGUCGGAAGUCUCCCAUGAUUCCUGAGAACACGGAGAAUGAAGGGGACGCCCUGCUGCACUUUACGGCUGAGUUCUCUGCACGGUACGGGGACUCCCAUCCGGUUUUCUUCAUUGGCUCUAUGGAGGCAGCGUGUCACGAGGCAUUCUACGGCAAAGCCAGAGAUAGGAAGCUGCUGGCCAUCUACCUCCACAGUGACACCAGCGUGCUGGCCAACGUCUUCUGCUCUCAGAUGCUGUGUGCCGAGUCCAUCGUCUCAUAUCUCAGCCAGAACUUCAUCACCUGGGCCUGGGAUGUCACUAAAGAAGCUAACAAAGCCAGGUUACUAACCAUGUGUACGAGGCACUUUGGAAGCGUGGUCGCGCAAACCAUCCGGACAUACAAGACCGAUGAGUUUCCUCUCCUUCUCAUUGUCAUGGGCAAACGGGCGUCCAAUGAAGUUUUAAAUGUCAUCCAAGGGAACACAACGGUGGAUGAGUUGAUGAUGAGGCUAAUGGGGGCUAUUGAGAUCUUCACUGCCCAGCAACAAGAAGACAUCAGAGAUGAGGAUGAGCGUGAAGCCAGGGAGAUGGUGAAGCGAGAGCAGGAUGAAGCAUACCGCCUGUCACUGGAGGCUGACCGCAGGAAGAGGGAGGCCCAGGAGCGGGAGGAGGCGGAGCAGGUCCGCCAGGAGCAGAUCCGGAGGGAGCAGGAGGAGGAGCGCGAGGCCAUCCGGCUGUCACUGGAGCAAGCGUUACCCCCGGAGCCCAAGGACGAGAGCGGCAUGGCCGUCAGCAAGCUGCGUAUCCGCACGCCCAGCGGCGAGUUCCUGGAGCGUCGCUUCCUGGGGAGCUGCAAGCUGCAGGUGCUCUUUGACUUCCUGGCCUCCAAGGGCUUCCCCUGGGACGAGUUUAAGGUCCUCACCACCUUCCCCCGCAGAAACAUCACCCAGCUGGAUCCAGCGUGGACUUUCCUGGAGGCCAAACUGUUCCCUCAGGAGACACUUUUUCUGGAAGCCAAGGAGUAGAGCCCUUUUACCGGGGGAGGAGCAGGCUGGCGGAGCAGCCAAAAAAAAAACCCCGGAGUGGAUCGCGUCUGCACUGUCUCUGUCUCUCUCUAUCUUUCUCACACACACAGACACAUGGACACGCAUACCCACAACAGCGCCCCCAACAGGUGCGGCUCCACACAGCACCUCACAUGCAGUAUGUAUGUGCAUACAGACGUGUACACAGGCCGCCAGGCAUGCAGUUGACCACACACUCCUCACUUACCUGCCGUGUCUCUUUUCUCUGUCCGCACUCAUUAAAAAGACUUUCCCACAAAAAGCUUUUUAGAUGUUUUGUGUGUAAAGGGGGGAAAAAUAGAAAACAAAAAACAAAACAGACCUUUGGAGGAUGCUGGACUCUUGCCACUGACUUUAGGCUCCAUGAUUUUUGACCAAAGGACAGGCUCACCCAUUGCAACCUGCCGUCACCCCCCUCGCUCCCCCCAGCAUCGAUUACCCUGGUUUUGCUGUUAAUGCCAUGUCCACCUCGAUUUUUUUCCCUGUUUUGAGUUUAGUUUGGUAUCCAUUAUAUAAAAUUUGACUAUGUACCUGCGUGAGCCAUUCUCUCUCAAAACACACAUGCAUGCAACUGUUAUUUUGACCUAAUUUUAAGCUUUGUAUUAUGGAAAUUAUUUUCUAAUUUAUGUGUAAAUGUCAGUUCAGAUUAGCAGAGCUGUUCCCAGCCUUCAUUGUUUUAGGUGGACUUUUCAGGGUAGUCUCUCAGUAUCUUUUUGCCUUCAAGGACUAUGUUAAUAUUUUACACUGAAUGAAAUCCAAUAGUUAUUGCAUAUUUAUUUUUUAAUUGUACUGCCCAUUUAAAACUUGUCCUCCCUUUUUAUAGAGUGUUCAUAAGCUGUUUUUUUUUAUUUAAUUUUUUUUUGCCAAUGCUGUGAUUGUUAAUACCAUUAUUGGAUUCUUAUAAUUGCCAGCUCUGAGUGUAAACAUUAAAAUCUACUCAGGAUUCUUCA